UUUGCGGACCCGUACAGAACAACUAAGUGACACGUUUGUGCUUCUGUAUUUUUCCGAUAGCGACAACUAGCGACAUCAGCACACUUUUGGAAUCAUUGGAGGACUUUAACAACCAAGAAGAUAUCACAGACGAGCUGGAAAGGAUAGAAAAUAAUGAGGAACUGACGACAACUAGUGAAGACCGUGAUGAUACUGAGAAAUAUGGUACAAUGCCUGAGGUGCAGAGAAUGUUGGCAUCGCUGGAUGCUUCAGUGGAAGACGCUCAACAAGAUCAACAGCAAAUUUCUUACGAAGAAGUUGGAUGCUUCAAAGACAACCAAGUCGAUCCCAGACCACUGCCGGAACUGUUAGCGGAUUUAACUGGUGAGGUGGACUGGUAUGAUCCGAGCAAAGUCACUAGAAAAUGCGCUAGACUCGCGAGUGAGAAAGGUUAUACAGUGUUUGGUCUUCAGUCAUUUGGACAUUGUAGAAGUGGUAAAGAUGCUGCAGAAACUUACAACAGCGAUGGAGAUUCAGCCGGCUGUUUCGGUGGCUUGGGAGGCAGAGGAGAGAACCUGGUGUUUAAGAUCAUACCCCAAAGCCCUCAAGUGACUGUGUCCACUAUAGCAGCCACAACUUCUCCGCCUGAACCUACAACAUCACUCCCGAGUACAGAGCCACCAACUAUACCACCAGAGUGUCAAAGUUACGUCACAUUUACGGCAAUCAAUCGAUCUGCAAACAACGACAAGCCGGGGUCACUGUGUGAUGAUAAAUUACCACGAGGCUGGUACAGGUUCGCGGGGCCUGCUGGGAAUAUGAUGCCGACCACAUGUGUCCCGGUGAGACACUGUGGGACUCAUGCUCCAGGAUGGUUUAGCGGACCUCAUCCUGCAGUGCACGAAGGGGCGGUUAGACGUGAUGUAUGUUUUCACUGGAGAAGCUGUUGUUCUUGGCGGAAUUCAGUCCUAGUGCGCAACUGUGGUGCCUUCUAUGUGUAUUACCUUUCUCCAACAGUAACGUNAAAUACCCAAGAACUGAGGAAACAUUUGGGGAGUGGUUUGGCCCCUACGUGUAUAUAUUUUUGA